CUUCUAUUGCAACAAAGAGUACAGAGGACAACAGAGGACUUGAACACAUGUCAGGCUUUCCUAUAUAGAGCAUGCGUGGACCAAUCAGAAGCGAGGAAGGACCUGCAAGGGACACGUGGUGUGCGACACAGACCGCAAAGCAUAUCGGGUCAAAUAAAAAAAAUUCAUUAGAACGCAUUUGAUCGUUGACACGAACACAUGACAAGACAAAAUAGAUACCGGUAUGGGUAUUUCUGGGCUUUUACCGAUUUUAACAUCAAAGAAAAUUCAUCUUCGAGAGUUUUAUGGGAAAGUCGCUGCGGUUGAUAUUCACUGCUGGCUUCACAAAUCUAUCAGUAUUCACUGUGAAGACAUUGCGCUUAAAAGAGGAGAUUUAACCAGAUGUAUCAACUCCUGUUUAUUAUUUGUAAAUAUAUUGAAUGACCAUAAUAUAACGCCACUACUCGUGUUCGACGGAAGAAAAUUUCCUCUGAAAGUUGUAAAUACAGAAAGAGAAAGAGUUCGCAACGAAAAUCUUCGUAUCGGACUAGAGCUAUGGAACAGAGGUUUACACAAUGAAGCCAGGAAGCAUUUUAAGAUGGGUGUUUCUGUUGGGCAAGAUUUGAUAUCUGGGCUUAUUAAUGAGUGUCGAAGGAGAAAGAUUACCCAUGGCUGAAAUUGAAAUGUGGAGAAAAUCUUUAGGAACAAAUGACUGAGGGAUGUUUUCAUC